AUAUAACAUAGUGUUGGAAUAUAAGUAUCUAAGUUAGUUUCAUGGGGAACAGACUGCAUUUCUCUGUCUCAUCCAGAACCGGAUAUUGUUCUACCAGAUUAAACCAGGAAUUAGGUCAAUUUUAACAAUAUUAAUUUGGUCGAAACAAGAAUCGUGGCUACUCUCCACUAUUUUUGUACUCAGAAAAACUGGUUUGCAAUCAGUUUGAAGAAGAAAUUCAGGACAUUUUCCCAUACUUUCUCUUUUUUGAGGUGCAAGAGGCCUAGACAUACAAUGUGACAUUACAGUAUAUCUUAACAGGGGGUGAUCACAAGCUCCGUUUCUGUCUCAGGGGCCAGGAAGCUCUGUAAGUCUUGCCAGGCCCAAGGGAUUAAGCUGCAGUUACAACAAAUGCCUGGGCUUUGAUUGCCCUAGACACCGUCAAGGACAGGGGCUGUCCAGAGAGCCCCAUUAGGCUGUAACCCAGUCACCUGAAUUAACUUCUGUCAUCUCCCAGGAAACAUCGGAAAGUUCAAAGGAAAACACUGCACCAGGGUGUGAUAACCACAGGUGCUUCAGCUCUGCAGCACGGCUCUGCCUUGGCAGCCUUCCCCCGUGUGUGGAGGAAUAGUGAGACUGGCUCCUAACCUUGGGCUAGCUGUGGGUCACACGAAUGGCAUGCUUCGAGGGGGCUACCGGAAUAGCAGGAGCUUCUGAAAAUAUUCACCCUUUUGUUUGGAGAACCAGGGCUGCCUUUGAAAGCCCUCUUUACAAAACCUAUACUUGGCACUGGGGUAAGAAGUGGGUGCUGUGUGUGUGUGUGUGUGUGUAUGUAUCUGUGCGUGUGUGUGUGCGGCUGGGGAGGGCUCAGCAGGCAGCCCUGUGUCUGUGUUCCCUGCCAGCCCUCAGCAGAGCUGCCUGCUGGGCUCAGACACAGCUCCCCAAGCCCCCUCCUUACCACCUCGUCCCAAGUUCACAGGCCUCCCGGGGGGGCAUUUCUCUUUGUCGUUUGUUUUCCUUUAUUUCUUCUCUUUGCCUCCCUCUCCGUGUGCCCCCUCCUUCCCAGCCUUCUAAAUAGGAGAUGUUCUCAGGACAGCGCCCAGGAGACUGGCUGGAAUCAGUUUUGGAGGGUGAUGCACCGCGACAGCUAAAAGUUGGAUAGGGUUUCAGUAGCUCCUAUAUAUAAAGCAGUGGGGACUUAUGUCACUGCACUAAUUAAAUUCCAUCUGGGUUGCUCCUCGGGGUGUUUUUGAGCCUUCCACCCCACUGGAGCAAGCAGAGGGGCCGAGGGACAGCAUGAUGAUGGACCUUUUCGAAACCGGCUCCUAUUUCUUCUACUUGGACGGGGAGAAUGGGGCCCUGCAGCAGCUGGAGAUGGCAGAGGGCUCCCCGCUGUACCCGGGCAGCGACGGCACCCUGUCCCCGUGUCAGGACCAACUGCCGCCGGAGGCCGGCAGCGACAGCAGCGGCGAGGAACACGUGCUGGCCCCACCGGGCCUGCAGCCCCCGCACUGCCCCGGCCAGUGCCUCAUCUGGGCCUGCAAAACCUGCAAGAGAAAGUCGGCCCCGACUGACCGGCGGAAAGCGGCCACGCUGAGGGAGCGGAGGCGGCUGAAGAAGAUCAACGAAGCCUUCGAGGCUCUGAAAAGACGGACUGUGGCCAACCCCAACCAGCGGCUGCCCAAGGUGGAGAUCCUGCGCAGCGCCAUCCGCUACAUCGAGAGCCUGCAGGACCUGCUUCACAGGCUGGAUCAACAGGACAAAAUGCAGGAGGUGGCGGCGGAUCCCUUCAGCUUCAGCCCCAAGCAAGGAAACGUCCCCGGCUCCGACUUCUUGAGCACCUGCGGCUCCGACUGGCACGGCGCUGCCGAGCAUUCCCGCGGGCUGGGGGGCAGCCCCAAAGCAGGGGGCUCCAUGGUGGAGUCGUCGGCCUCCAGCAGCCUGCGCUGCCUCUCGUCCAUCGUGGACAGCAUUUCCUCCGACGAGCCCAAGCUGCCCGGCGCGGAGGAGGCUGUGGAGAAAUGAGCCUCCGGCCGCCUCUCGGGGCACGCUCCCACCGGCGGAACGGCCCUCGGAGAGCGGAGCCGUACGGACUCUUUUCUCACCCCUCUUUCUAUCUCCCGUUUUGUUUUCUCCGAGUUUUGACCCACAGACCACCCCCCAUCCUCUUUUUUAUCUUGAACUGACGGUACUUAGCGCUGUACCGGCGGAGCGGUCGCCGAGCAGUCCAUUCCUGUCAGGGUGAAGCCGUUUGGCUGCGUUUCUUGUGAGUCGUGCUAAAGAGCGACCCCCGUCUCGUUUCCCGUCUGUAAAUAAUUUCAGUACUGCCUUUUGUAAACAUGACAGAUAUGUAUUUAAAUGAUGGAAGUGAUAUUGUAUAUAAGAACGGGUUCCUCUGACUGUAAAAUAAAGCUCUUUGUGUUAC